UUCCGACUACUGUUUCAUUUCCACUUCUGCUUACGAGCUCGGCCAUGGAGGAUGCUUAUGCCAGAUCCAUUUCAGAGGUUCUGGAAGCAUUUAGAGUGGACCCAACAAAGGGACUCGCUGAUUUGCAGGUUGCAGAGAAUGCGAGAACCUAUGGUAGAAAUGUAUUGCCUCAAGAAGGAAGUACACCCUUCUGGAAAUUAAUAUUGAAGCAAUUUGAUGAUUUGGUGGUGAAAAUAUUGAUUGCGGCUGCUGUUAUAUCCUUCAUUUUGGCUUUAAUUGAUGGUGAAACAGGUUUUGCGGCCUUUUUGGAACCUUCUGUCAUACUGUUGAUCUUGGCAGCCAAUGCAGCAGUUGGAGUAAUUACUGAAACAAAUGCUGAAAAGGCUCUAGAAGAAUUAAGGGCAUACCAAGCUGAUGUUGCAACUGUAUUGAGAAAUGGUUGCUUCUCCAUAUUACCAGCUACAGAACUUGUACCAGGAGAUAUUGUGGACGUUGGAGUGGGGUGUAAAGUUCCUGCUGACAUGAGGAUGAUUGAAAUGUUCAGUAAUCAGUUGCGCGUUGACCAAGCUAUACUUACAGGUGAGAGCUGCUCUGUUGCAAAAGAGCUGGAUUCAACUGUGACAACAAAUGCUGUGUACCAGGACAAGACAAAUAUACUUUUCUCGGGGACUGUAGUUGUGGCUGGGCGAGCAAGAGCUGUUGUCGUGGGUGUCGGUUCUAAUACUGCAAUGGGAAGCAUACGUGAUGCAAUGCUAAGAACUGAAGAUGAAAUUACACCUCUGAAGAAAAAGCUUGAUGAAUUUGGAACCUUUUUAGCAAAGGUUAUCGCAGGAAUUUGUGUCCUAGUUUGGGUUGUAAAUAUUGGCCAUUUUCAUGAUCCUUCUCAUGGUGGUUUUCUCCGUGGGGCAAUUCAUUAUUUUAAGAUUGCUGUUGCACUUGCGGUUGCCGCAAUUCCUGAGGGACUCCCUGCUGUUGUUACUACGUGUUUGGCGCUUGGUACAAAACGCAUGGCAAGAUUGAAUGCAAUUGUGAGAUCUCUCCCUUCAGUGGAGACUUUGGGCUGCACUACUGUAAUCUGCAGUGAUAAAACAGGGACUCUCACGACUAAUAUGAUGUCUGUAUCAAAGAUUUGUGUAGUUUCUUCUGUCCAUCGUGGACCUGUUUCCACUGAAUACACUGUUACUGGAACAACUUAUGCUCCAGAAGGCAUAAUUUUUGAUGCUGCAGGGUUGCAGCUUGAAUUCCCUGCUCAAUUCCCAUGUCUUCUGCACAUAGCUAUGUGUUCAGCCCUUUGCAAUGAGUCCACUUUGCAAUAUAACCCAGAUAAAGGGAAUUAUGAUAAAAUUGGCGAGUCAACAGAAGUUUCCCUUCGGGUUCUUGCUGAGAAGGUUGGACUUCCUGGUUUCGAUUCCAUGCCUUCAGCCCUGAACAUGCUGAGCAAACAUGAACGUGCAUCUUACUGUAACCGCUAUUGGGAGCAGCAAUUUAAAAAGAUUGCUGUUCUGGAAUUCUCUCGAGACCGUAAAAUGAUGAGUGUGCUCUGCAGCCGAAAGCAGCAGGAGAUAUUGUUUUCAAAAGGUGCUCCAGAGAGUAUAAUUGCCAGAUGUUCAAAUAUUUUAUGCAAUGAUGAUGGUUCUGCUGUUCCACUUACUGCGGAUAUACGGGCUGAGUUAGAGUCUAGGUUCCACAGCCUUGCAGGGGAAGAAACCCUCAGAUGUUUGGCUUUUGCUUUGAAACGAAUGCCCACAGGUCAACAAACUAUUUCAUUUGAUGAUGAGACAAAUCUCACAUUUAUUGGCUUGGUUGGAAUGCUUGAUCCACCCAGAGAAGAAGUGAAAAAUGCUAUUCUAACAUGUAUGGCUGCUGGAAUACGUGUCAUAGUAGUGACGGGGGAUAACAAAUCCACUGCAGAAUCACUCUGUCGUCGAAUUGGGGCAUUUGAUCAUGUAGAAGAUUUUGCAGGUUGCUCUUUUACUGCUUCUGAAUUUGAAAGCCUUCCUCCUACACAACGAGCACUAGCUCUGCAGCGUAUGGUACUUUUUACCAGGGUUGAACCAUCUCAUAAGAGAAUGCUGGUUGAAGCUUUACAACACCAAAAUGAAGUGGUUGCAAUGACUGGUGAUGGUGUCAAUGAUGCCCCUGCUCUAAAGAAAGCAGAUAUAGGAAUUGCUAUGGGAUCUGGGACUGCCGUUGCCAAGAGUGCUUCAGAUAUGGUCCUGGCAGAUGAUAAUUUUGCCUCCAUUGUUGCUGCUGUGGCAGAGGGAAGAGCAAUAUACAAUAACACAAAACAGUUCAUCCGGUACAUGAUCUCUUCAAAUAUUGGAGAAGUAGUUUGUAUUUUUGUGGCAGCAGUUCUGGGUAUGCCAGAAACCCUUGUUCCUGUACAACUACUUUGGGUGAAUUUAGUAACCGAUGGUUUGCCGGCCACAGCCAUUGGAUUCAAUAAGCAAGAUUCCAAUGUUAUGAUGUCCAGACCUCGCAAGGUUGGUGAGGCAGUAGUGACUGGGUGGCUGUUUUUUCGUUAUUUGGUUAUUGGUGCUUAUGUUGGUCUUGCUACCAUUGCCGGAUUCAUAUGGUGGUUUGUGUACUCAGAUGGGGGUCCAAAGCUUCCAUAUUACGAAUUAGUAAAUUUUGAUACGUGUUCCACAAGAGAAACAACAUACUCCUGUACUGUAUUUGAAGAUCGCCAUCCGUCAACUGUCUCAAUGACUGUUCUUGUUGUUGUUGAGAUGUUUAAUGCGUUAAAUAACCUUAGUGAGAACCAAUCUCUCAUUGUAAUUCCACCUUGGAGUAAUUUAUGGUUGGUUGGGUCGAUUGUCCUUACCAUGAUUCUUCACCUAUUGAUAUUGUAUGUGGAGCCAUUGUCAAUACUUUUCUCUGUAACUCCACUUUCUUGGUCUGAGUGGAAAGUGGUCAUUAAUCUUUCUUUCCCUGUAAUUAUAAUUGAUGAGAUACUGAAGUUAUUGUCUAGAAAUGUCAGAGGGAGAAGGUUCAACUUGAGGUUCGGGAAACGUGAUUUACUACCAAAAAGGGAAAUACGUGACAGAUAGUAAGGGCUGGAGGGAUUGCCCAAACCAGAUUUUGACCGCAUAGUGGUUCAUUACAUGCAUUAAUCUCAUAACCCCUGUUCUUGAAGUUGAGAAAACGUCAAGAGUUAUACGAGUAAGGCUUCGAGGUUUUAGAAAGGCAAGCGAGUGCAUUGCCCCUGAUCUUCAGUGCUUUUAGAGAUCAAGGGGAGUUUCAUUCUCAGACAAAAUGUUGUAAUUCACAGGUAUAGUGACUUCUUGGUGUGAUUACAUGUUUCUCUUAAUUGUGAUGAUUUUGUUGUGCAUGUUUGUGUUUACAUCGUUGUAAGUAUUUAAAAACUGGGUGCUGCAUCCCUUGGCCCAACGCCAUGCUUCAUGGGUUUGUUAUGUAAUAUGCCAUAAAUGUGAGUUAAGACUUUGCAAUACUGGCUCACUAUUUUAUUUAUUUUGAUAUUAACCAUAUAUAUUAAACAUC